GUGGUGGAAUUUCUUUCGAGCUCACUUUAGUAUUUAAACUGUUGUCGUUAGUCCAAACGUAUCAUUCACUCUUCUUUUCUACAACAAGAAACACCAACAAACCAAUCAAAAUGUGCAAACUGAUCAUCCUCGCUGCCCUCUUCACCAUCGCGGCUGCUAAGCCCGGUAUCCACUCUGUGGCUUACUCCGCACCUCUGGUGGCGGCACCAGUGGCUGCUGCUUACACUGCUCCGGUAGCAGCGGCGUACACCGCCCCAGUAGCGGCCGCGUACACCGCCCCAGUAGCUGCUGCCUAUACCGCCUCCGUAGCAGCUGCAUACACCGCUCCCGUGGCCGCUGCCUACGCCAGCCCCUACGCUGCUGCUUACACUGCACCAGUCGCUGCCUACGGUGCCUACUCCGCUCCUCUAGUCGCCGCUGCCUACAGAGCCCCAGUCCUGCUCAAGCUGAUCUUCGUCGCUCUCCUGGCUUUCGCCUCAGCGAAGCCGUUGGUACUGAGCUACAGUGCUCCGGUAGCCGCGGCGUACACUGCGCCAGUAGCCGCUGCCUACACCGCACCCGUCGCCUACUCCGCCUACAGCGCCUACUCGCCUGUAGCCUACUCCGCCUAUACCUACGCUUCCCCGUACUCUUACUACAUUUGAACGCAUAGAUCUUAAAAUGAGGAAUUUAUUUAUUUACCAUUGAUCUUCAAACCAUGACAUUUUAAUAUAGUUGUUAUUAAAAUACAGUCAUCUACGCCAA